GCUGAGAGAGUCUGGCCAUCGGCCUUGGCUGAUCUGUGACGGUGUUGAUUGCGGUAUAUAAUCGAAUAACUCGCGGCCUCGAUGGCUAUCCAACCACUUUUGCUUCUGAACAACGCCUUGCAUCAAGCCAGGGAUGUAGACCUGGAACAUCUGGUAUUUCUCCUCGUGAUAUGGAUUCAGUUUUUCGCCUUAGAGCCCAGACGAGGCUUCCUCCCUUGCCUGACAACACAUGUACCGCUGGCCGGUCCCAGAGCCGUCGUCGGCGCAGUUCAUCUGGAAAGCUCUCGGAAAGAUAUGCAGUUUGGGAUGGGUCCUUGCGGAUGUUCUGGAUCUGGCCUUGUGUCGCCAUUGUCCAAUUGUCAAAGACGCUGAGGACGGUGCUGAGGUUUAAGAUGAAAUGUUGUCAAAUGAGAAACUCGAGGUAAAGUACCUUCCGGGUGUUCCGUACGAGGCGUCAUACCUUGUCCAAGCGUCGACGGACACACGUUGGGUAGGUUCCAUGCCCUAACCGCCACAGUUGCUAUGCCUCAACGGCUUUCCAUGACAGUUUCAUGUACACCGACCGGCAGCGCAUCCCCUACGCCCGGCACCGAGACCCACAACGUAAGCGACCCGAGAUCCAGCACCGGACCGGACCGGCGCCAACCUGGAAGAUAAGUGCCGUCAACAAAACGGCGCAGUCGGAGAUGUGGAGCCGCAUUCAGGGGCCAUCUGCAACAGCACGGCGUCAUGGCCCCCAACUUGGUGUAAACCCUUGCUCGUCGACGCCAUGAACUUGUGUUGGGGCUCUUGGACAACCAACAGUCCACGCUAACGUCUGUGUUAAGAUGAGCAAAAAUGCAGCUCUUUUGAUGCUAAACAAGGGCUUACGGACUGCGAGGGUCUUCUCAUCCUUUCCGUCACAUCACCUGUGCCGCGUGCGCGUCUGGGAGGCUGAUCAAGGUCGAGAGUUAGUGGGUGCAACUUAUACCACGCGCUACUAGUUCCAGAAUGUUGGUCGUAUGAUGGCUGUCACCUAAUUACGCGGUUCGCCCAAGGCUGAGCUCGUUAACGUAUGAGUACGGCACGACCACACAUAUCGGCAUCAAAAGUUACAGGUAGGGACCUUGUGAUCAUAUCAAUAUUGACGGGACAAAAGUUCCCACCCAGACGCCGAGUUGUCGUGUUCCUGAGCUGCCUACCUAUAUAUACCCGGCACGAAGUCGCUCGGAUGAGUUUGAUAACCACCGACAUUGCUCGAGAUAAGCGACAAGCCCUCCUUCGCUUUCUGUCACGCAGUCAUGUCUCUCUCCACUUGUUGUGCGGCUAUUCUGGCUGCUCUCGGUAGCUCCAAGGUCUCUGCUCCGGGGAACUUCAGGUACACAUCAUCGUUGUCGUCCUACUAUUCUCUGCAAACAUCUCAGACACAGCCGGACUGCAUUGUGCAGCCAGCAUCAGCUGCCGAUGUUUCCACCGCCGUGACUAUUCUCGCAGCCAAUUCUGCCAAUCCGGCAUGUCGCUUUGCUGUUCGGUCAGGAGGACACAUGUUCCAUGCCCAAGCCUCCAACAUCGCCGGUGGUGUUACCCUUGAUCUGAGAGACCUCAACGAGAUCACUCUUGUCAAUGGAAACGCAGACGUGCGUUUGGGUGUAGGCUUGACCUGGGGAGAGGUCUACGCUCAGCUAGACCCCUUGGGCCUGACCGUUGCUGGCGGAAGAAUCGCGAGCGUGGGUGUUGGUGGCUACAUCGUUGGCGGAGGACUGUCCUUCCUCUCACCAAAGGUUGGCUUCGCCGCUGAUACUGUCUCCAAGUACGAAGUCGUCUUGGCCAACGGCACAUUGAUUGAGGCCACAGCCACCCAGAACUCUGACCUGCUGCGUGCUCUUCGCGGAGGUGGCAACAAUCUGGGCAUCGUCACCCGCGUGACGAUGAAGACACACACCCAGGGACUAAUGUGGGGAGGAACCAUGAUGCACCCUACCACAACACUUCACAACCACCUCUUGGCAUUCGUCGACUUCAACAAGGCCACUGGAUACGACGAGAAUGCCUCCCUCAUCACCAGCCUUGUCUACUACUACGGCAUCAGCCAUACCAUCUCAACUCAGAUGGCGUACACUGGACCCCCUUCGUCGUCGCCACCCGCUGCGUUCUCUGACUUUUUGAGCGUCCCAUGGGUCACAACCAACUACGCCAGGGUGAACACCAUGAGAAACGUGACUGUCGAAGCAGGAGCCAGCAUUCCAGGUAGCAGCCGCAACCUCUGGUGGACCCAAACAGCAGUCUGCAACCUCCAAGUCCUCGGCGCGGCCUACCAAAUCUGGUGGGACUCCCACUCCUCGGUCCAAAACAUCCCCGGCAUCGUCUGGACCAUGACCUUCCAGCCCCUCCCCCCCAGCAUUUACAACCGCAACCCGACCACCAACUCCCUCGGGUUCAACUCCCCCAGCCGCAGCAAUCAGCCCUUGGUUGUCAUCCAACUGCUCGCUUCGUGGGCGAGUUCCCUCGACGAUGCUUUUGUAAGGACAAAGGCGAGGGAGUUGUACGAUUCUCUUACGUCGGAGUUGGUGGCCAAAAGCGCGACGGAUCCGUGGGUGUAUCUGAACUAUGCGGCUGAUUGGCAGGAUCCGAUUGCGGGGUAUGGGACUGGGAAUGUGGCUGCUCUGCAGGCGGCGAGGACGAAGUAUGAUCCGAACGGGGUUUUUACAAGUAGGGUGCCGGGUGGGUUCAAGAUUCCGGUUUGA